CCGCUUGGUCCAGAAUAUUUCUCCCGCUCUUUUGCUGCUGUGUCACUGCAGCAGGAGAUAAAAUCUCUUCAGUUGGACCAACUCUGCAUUCACAGCAGCAGCUCCGGCACGCUGAGCGUUUACUGAUCAUCAGAGCUGCUGGAGGCUGAACUCUGAGCUGCAGCAAAGUCAUGGUGCUGAAGAUCUUCUUCCCACAGUGCUGUAACCGGGCAGAGAGCGGGCUGCUGGUGGGCCGCUGGAUAUCCGGUCAUGAUUCAGCCGUGGUGCUGGCAGUCAUUCACUACCCCUUCAUCCCUGGGCAGGUCAAACAGUACAUCCAGCAGAUGCAGGCCCAGAGCGGGGUAGAGCUGUCGGUGCUCGGUGCCUGGAGUUUACCUAAAGAGGGUCAGGAGGGCAUGGAGAGAUUCCUCAGGGACCUCAGCACUGUCUUCCCCCAGGAGCGCUGGCUCCAGGUCAGCCGCCAGAUGGGAAAGAUGGGCUUCACCUGCAAGGUCGUCUACCGGGGCCAAAAUGAGCCAGCCGCUCAGCAGGAAGCAAAACAGCAGAAUGAGGAAGAGGACGAUGAGGAGAAGGUGAUCUUUGUCCACUACGAGCAGAGGAAGGUGAUGUUGUCACAGCUUCACCCCAUUGAGAGCAGAGAUCCUGACCCCAAAACGGAGGCACCGUCUGAGCUGAGACAGGUGUUCCAGACAGUGGCCCGCAGCCAGCCUCUGUUCUUCCUGGACCGAUACGACGACGGCCCGCUGAAGUCAACGCACUGGCAGUCCGAAGGCCGAGAGGCCAGCAUCAUCGUGGAGCUGCUUAAACAGGCCUCAGUGCCGCUGUGUGUGCUCAUCAGCUGGCUGCUCGCUCUGUGGACGUGGAUCUGCAACAUCCGGAUCUUCAGUCUUUACCCGCUGCGCUUCCUGUCCAGUAAACUGUCCACAUGCGUCCAGAUCAGCUACAGAACCGAACACAUGAGGACGCUGAGCUCACCGAAACCAGCCGCCGGGCACACGCAGUUCAUGAGGAAAGCUAACAUCCUGGUGUCGUUCCUGGUGGACGUGGCGCUCGGCGUCCUGCUCAUGUCGUGGCUCUACAGAGACAACCACAUCACCAUGCUGGCUAAUAUGCUGGUGCCUGCAGCUGAUCAUGUGGCUAAAGAGCUGGAUGAGCUGCUGCAGUGGCUGAUGGGAGUUCCAGCGGGGCUGAAGAUGAACCGGGCCCUGGACCAGGUCCUAGGCCGCUUCUUCCUUUACCAUAUUCACCUGUGGAUCAGCUACAUCCACCUGAUGUCGCCGUUCAUCGAGGGGAUCCUGUGGUACGGAGGUCUGUCAGCCUGCCUCGGUCUGACCUUUGCCCUCUCGCUGCUCUCAGACAUGGUGGCCCUGCUCACCUUCCACAUCUACUGCUUCUACGUCUAUGGAGCCAGGCUGUACUGUCUGAAGAUCUACGGGCUCUCGUCGCUCUGGAGGCUCUUCAGAGGGAAGAAGUGGAACGUCCUGCGGCAGCGAGUGGACUCCUGCUCCUACGAUGUGGACCAGCUCUUCAUCGGGACGCUGCUCUUCACCAUCCUGCUGUUCCUGCUGCCCACCACUGCGCUCUAUUACCUGGUCUUCACUCUGCUCCGGCUAGUGGUGGUGCUGUUCCAGGGCGUCCUCCACCUCAGCGUGGAUUUCAUCAACUCCUUCCCUCUGUUUGCCGUGGGCCUCCGCGUCUGUCGACCCUACAGACUGGCAGAAGGAGUAAAGUUCAGGGUGCUGUGUGACGAGCCGGGCACCGCCCUGCACCUGCUGAUGGAGAUUAACCCUCUAAAGGGCAGCACUGUGGUUCAGACGUACCGCACCCCGACGUACAGCUGUUACCCCAGAGACUCGUGGGCCGCCCUGGUCAAGAAGCUGUUUGUCGGGGAGCUGAUUUACCCCUGGAGGCACAAAAGUACGAAGACUGAUUGAGAGACGGCAGCUAAAAAUAUGAUGGAGGAAGAGGAGAGACGAGGGAGCAGAGGAAGGGGAAGAGACUGAAUAAAUAAAGAGAUGGAAACAGACAGGAAACAGACAGACGACCUUCGGGAAGCGCUUUUAUAUUUGAUGGGAAGAACGUCACCGAGAGCGUCGCCUGAAGCUGCCGAAUCAUCGCAUCUACAGUUUUGUGAUCAGCCUGAAGGUGGAUGAUGAAUAUUUGAACUCGCAUGGAUUCUAGAAACACAACAACCAGCAAGUAGUCCCGUCCUGCUGAUGUAAGAACUGUGAACAAAAAGUGAGAUUCUGGUAAAAUGAUCAUUCCCUCGACUUCACAGAUUUACUUUUUUGAUUUGUUAUUGAAUGAAUGAAAGGGACCAAAACCAUUCCUGUACGAGGUGUGAUCAGCCAUAAAAAGCAAAAACUAUACCUGUAAUUUAGCUUAAUAGGCCAUUUAUCUACCUGUGCCAUUAUCCUCAUAAUUAAAAUUAAAUGCAGUGGUGCGGCAGGAGGUCAGAGCUGGACCUCCACAGGUCCCAACAAGCCCCAGUCAUCACCGUGCUAACGGAGCCUGUACGGUCUCAGGUGGAGCUCUUGGCUCUGUUGCUGUUUCUCUGAGCUUGGGGUCAGUUUGAUGGGGUAUUGUGUUAACACACCUGAAUGCUUCAGAGCGGCAAACUGCCUAAACGUGUGCUUUUAUAGAGCUGCUCACACUUUCUGAUGAUCAAUUAAUCAACAAGUAUUUGAUUAGCAGCACCUGCCUGCUGCUUACUUCAUCUAUGGAAGCCCUGGGUGUACUUACUUUUUUACUGAUCCCAGUGAAGACGUGAUCUUUCUCUGACAUGGUGACGUAUGUGUUUGAAGCUUGGACACAAAGGUGGGUGGACCACAGUGCUUAUCAGACUGCCACCCAGUGUGAGGUUUAUGCUACAGCUGCCCUAAAUUAACAGCAUUCAUAAAAUAGAAAUAUUCUUAUCCAUGAAUUUUCACAUUUACUGUUUUACAAAAAGGAAAAAAGUAGUGAAGUCGUGAUUAUUUUUGAUUAAGGAGCCAAAUCAGAGUUAUUUACUUUCCUGAACGGAAGAAUUUAAAGGUUUGAUGUCACAUUUGAUUCAUUUCUGGCUCCUCAGAGGCGUCCGGUUGGGUAGAAAGUCAUUCAGUUGCUUAAUAAAUAAUAAAAUUGUUAGUUUUUGACAAGACUUCUAAAAUAUUUUUCAUGUUUUUAUGGCAGGUGGUCUGAUGCAUUUGUUAAGCACUGUAUGUGCAUAAAAUCACAUUAAAUUUAACAUUAAAAGUGUUUUUUUUAAAGAAUGGCCAUCACAGAUCAACAAACUGACCUUCGUUACUUUGUUCUUUUGGUCUUAAUGUGAGUGAACGCUGUGGACCGUCCACAGUGCCGGGACACUCGUCUCUGCUGUUCCAAACUCUCAUAAAUUUAUACUUUAUAUUAACCGACUUGGUGUUAUUAGAUGUCAGGUAUUUAUUUACCAACUGGACUGAUUAUAGUAUAGUUGGAAUCUUUAAUCCUUUAUUUAACUUUGAAUAAUUGUAACCAGAAAACAGAUUUUUUUUUCUUCUUUUAAAUGUCUGUGUUUUUAAUCUUAAAGCGAUUUAGUCUCAAUGAAAUGAGUGUUUUAUCACUCAUUUCAUUGAGUGAUAAAACAUUUAUGGCCUAGCUCCACACACUGGAGCUAGGCCAUAAAUUCUGAUGUUACUCCGACUCUGUUUUGUCAGCUUUUGUCUUUGGUUUAAAUUUAAAUGUGCCUCUUGUGUCAUGUCUAAUGAACUCUUUUGACUAAAUUUAGCUUUUCAUUAAAAGUUGU